AUGGAAGCACUAAAUCUUUUAUUCCUUGGAAACAAUGACUUUGACUUUAGGACGCAAACAUUAAAAGGAGUUAUUCCACAAGAGAUACAUCGUCUUCAUAAUUUAAGAGCGUUGUACUUGAGUUUUAACAAGUUGUCAGGCACUUUGCCACCAACUAUUUUCAACCUGUCUUCCUUGACAUGGAUUGAGUUAUCAAGUAACAAACUUAGCGGAGCAUUGCCUUCAGAAAUUGGGAACAUGAAAGCACUAUCUACUUUACAACUUCAGAACAAUGCUUUAAUCGGUACUAUUCCAUCCUCCAUCUGUAACUUGACAUCUCUUGAAGCUCUUCUUCUCUCAAAUAACAAUUUGGAAGGAACAAUUCCACAAUGCUUUGGAAAUUUGAGCAAAUCUUUGUUCAUUUUUCAUUUAAAUGUAAAUCAGUUUAGUGGUCUCAUUCCAUCAUCAUUUAGCAAGGGAUGUGGCCUUGUGUCCAUCAAUUUGAAUGGUAAUAAAUUGCAAGGACCAUUACCUAAAUCCUUGAUCAAUUGCCAAAGACUACGAGACCUCGACGUCGGAAAUAAUAGAAUACAAGACGAAUUUCCCUUUUGGAUGGAAGUCCUUCCAGACCUUCAAGUGCUGGUCUUGAGGGCUAACAAGUUUUAUGGUAACAUGUCACUUCCUUCGCAAACCAAGAUUCCAUUUCAUAAUUUGCAAGUUUUAGAUAUAUCUCAGAAUAGAUUUGUGGGCUCUCUGCCUCAAGGAUAUUUCAAGAAUUUCAGAGCAAUGAUAGAGGUAAAUGAAACAUACUUGCCAAUUUACGACACCUUCUUUAAAGAUUAUGUGGAGAUGAGGCUCACCUUGAAAGGUCUGGAUCAAUUAUUACAGAGAUUGUUGUCAGCCUUUACAACAAUCGACUUAUCCUCCAAUAGAUUUUCUGGGAGUAUUCCACAUUCCAUAGGAAAUCUUAAGAUUCUCAAAUACUUGAAUCUGUCCCACAAUAACCUCAUAGGAAAUAUCCCUUCAUCUCUUGGAAAUUUGAGUGAACUUGAAUCUUUAGACUUGUCGGUGAACAAGUUGGAUGGAGAAAUUCCAAGUGAAUUGACAGGGUUGACAUUUCUUGCGAAAUUAAACCUUUCAAUGAAUAAUUUUGUGGGACAAAUACCACAGUCUAAGCAGUUUUCCACAUUUGAGAAUGAUUCAUACGUGGGAAACUGGAGACUGUGUGGAGUUCCGUUGACGAGAAAAUGCAACGACGAGAACAGGCAUCAGAUGCAGCCAGAAGAAGAUGAUGAUGAAGAAGAUGAGUUUGGAUUUAUAGAUGGAUUUGGAUGGAGAAGUGUGGUGAUGGGAUAUGGAAGUGGAUUCAUAGUUGGAAUUGGAAUUGGUUACAUUAUCAUUAGAAAUGGAAGGCCAAGAUGGUUAGUGGAAUUCUUUUUUGGCAUUGGAUAUAAUAAUAAUAAUAAUAAGAAGAAGAAGAAGAGACGCAGCAGAGCUACACCAACACGCAGAAGAACUUAA